AUGAACAUUGGCCGACAGUCUGGGGAUGUGUGUGUUGUACUUCAUUCAAGAUGGUGCCUUAUAACUUCCCGUUCAUUAUAUUCAGCUAUAUAUGAUCCAAAUGAGAAGACCUUUGAGAAACUCCUCAUUGCCAACAGAGGAGAGAUUGCUUGCAGGGUCAUCAAAACAUGCAAGAAGAUGGGCAUUAAAACAGUUGCUGUGCAUAGUGAUGUUGAUUCCAGUGCCGUUCACGUGAAAAUGGCGGAUGAAGCUGUCUGUGUUGGCCCAGCUCCCACCAGCAAAAGCUACCUCAACAUGGAUGCCAUCAUGGAAGUCAUUAAGAAAACCAGGGCCCAAGCUGUCCACCCAGGAUAUGGAUUUCUUUCAGAAAACAAAGAAUUUGCUAGGCGUCUGGAAUUGGAUGGUAUCACCUUCAUUGGACCUGACACGCAUGCUAUUCAAGCUAUGGGAGACAAGAUUGAAAGCAAAUUGUUAGCCAAGAAUGCAAAGGUCAACACAAUCCCUGGUUUUGAUGGGGUAGUCAAGGAUGCAGAUGAAGCUGUCAGAAUUGCAAGGGAAAUUGGCUACCCUGUCAUGAUCAAGGCCUCAGCAGGUGGUGGCGGGAAAGGCAUGAGAAUCGCUUGGGAUGAUGAAGAGACCAGGGAAGGUUUUAGGUUUUCUUCUCAAGAAGCAGCUUCAAGUUUUGGUGAUGAUAGACUGUUGAUAGAAAAGUUCAUUGAUAACCCUCGCCACAUAGAAAUCCAGGUUUUGGGAGAUAAGCAUGGCAAUGCUUUGUGGCUGAAUGAGAGAGAGUGUUCCAUUCAAAGAAGAAAUCAGAAGGUUGUGGAAGAGGCACCAAGCACUUUUCUGGAUCCUGAAACUCGAAGAGCAAUGGGAGAACAAGCAGUAGCUCUUGCCAAAGCAGUAAAAUAUUCCUCUGCUGGAACAGUAGAAUUCCUUGUGGAUUCCAAGAAGAAUUUUUACUUCUUGGAAAUGAACACUAGACUUCAGGUUGAACAUCCCGUCACAGAAUGCAUUACCGGGCUGGACCUAGUCCAAGAAAUGAUCCGUGUUGCUAAGGGUUACCCUCUCAGGCACAAACAAGCUGAUAUUCCCAUCAAUGGCUGGGCAGUUGAAUGUCGAGUUUAUGCUGAGGAUCCCUAUAAAUCUUUUGGCCUGCCGUCUAUUGGUAAACUGUCGCAGUACCAAGAACCAUUGCAUGUGCCCAAUGUACGUGUUGACAGCGGCAUACAGCAAGGAAGUGAUAUUAGCAUUUAUUAUGAUCCUAUGAUCUCAAAACUAGUUACUUAUGGCUCUAAUAGAGCUGAAGCAUUGCAAAGAAUGGAAGAGGCUCUGGACAAUUACGUAAUUCGAGGUGUGACUCAUAAUAUUGCUUUGCUGCGAGAAGUGAUAAUCCAUCCACGCUUUGUUCAGGGCGAUAUCAGCACUAAGUUUCUUCCAGAAGUCUAUCCUGAUGGCUUUAAAGGACACAAAUUGACAGAUCUUGAAAAAAGGGAACUACUAGCAACAGCAGCAUCUUUGUAUGUGGCUGAACAACAGAGAUCACAGCAAUUUUUAGGGACUCCAAGAAUUUCUAUUGAUAAAUCAAAUGCGAGUAGCUGGGAGCUGUUUGUACAUCUGGGAGAUGCAACUCACUCUGCUACAGUUUCAAAGACUGGUUCAACAUUCUCUGUGGAAGUUGAUGGGACGAAACUAAACGUGACCAGUGAAUGGAACCUGGCUUCACCCUUAUUGCCUGUCACUAUUGAUGGCACUCUGAGGACUAUGCAGUGCCUUUCUCGAGAUGCAGCAGGAAACAUAAGCAUUCAGUUUCUAGGCACAGUGUACAAAUUAAGAAUACUGACCCAGCUUGCUGCUGAGUUGAGUAAGUACAUGCCAGAGAAAGUGGAGGAGGACACCACCAGCAUUUUGAGAUCACCGAUGCCUGGAGCAGUGGUGGCUGUUUCUGUCAAGCCUGGUGACAUGGUCUCAGAAGGUCAAGAGAUUUGUGUGAUCGAAGCUAUGAAAAUGCAGAACAGUCUGAUUGCUGCUAAAACUGGCAAGGUGAAAAUUGUGCACUGUAAGGCUGGUGAGACCGUUGGGGAAGGAGAUCUGCUGGUGGAACUGGAAUGAAACACAUUUAUUUCACAUCUUCAUCCAGGUCAAUGAACUCUUUAUGUCUAUCUAUCAGAAAUAUAAAACGAAGGCAAUAUUAUGUGGAAAUCUGAAAGACAGAUGUUUCCAGGCAGCAGAUUUCAUAGUUGUAUUUAUUGCAUAAAUGUAAGAUGACCCAUGCAGCUACCAAAACUGACAACAGAUCUCAGAUUUUUACUUCUAUACAUAGGUACUUGUACAUAAGAUUUGUAACGGUCUCUGAUUUUCAAUAUCCAAUAAAUUUCAAUUAAAAAAAAUCAGUAUUUCUUCUUUAAAAUGCUAAAGCCUCUUUGAGUGUUUAAGUAAAUAACUUCAGCCAUGUUAGUUCAUAUGGGCAUGAACCCACUUUCAUGAAGUAAUGAGUAAAAGUAAAAAAAUCCCCAAAGAACAAACUGAGCAAUUUUGCUGUUACUGAGUGUUAUAGACAUUAAACAGUUAUUGCAAAGGACUUUAUUUCUAUUCAGAUUUAUUAUAUUCAUUAGCACUUUGAAGUUACUGCACAGAAUAUACUUAGAACACCUACAACGUUUUCUUUUGCUGGUGGCAGACUUUUUCCACAAUCUGAUGCGCAGACCUCCAGGAAUUGUAUUCCUUUCCAAAGUCCUUCUCUCAUUUUCCUUUCCACUCUUCACUUGAUGCAGGCUCUUCUGGAAAUAGUUGGCCCAGCUCUUGAACCAUCCCAAGAUGACGCUUGAGGCAGGUUCUUCCUCCCUGUAAGUGUAUAGGCUUCCAAGCACUCAUGGGAGAGGAAGAUUUAACUCCAGCCUACUACAUUUAGUAGACUAUCAAUUGCUACUAUGCAGUACCUCCACAAAAAGAACUGGGACAAUUAGUGAUUUAGCACCAUCUACAGUUGCCUUAUAGUGGUAGGAAACUAAAAAUACAAUAAGAGAAGUCAGAUACGACCUGGAAAGGAGUGCACAUGGAGGGAAUAUAGAGCGAUAGUCCUUCCUGCUAUAAGAUAUUCUAUUGAUACCCAUCUCAUUGACCAAACAAGAACAUCUGCAAUGAAGAACAAAAUGCAAGACCUUUCCUAAUUGGUGAGCAUGGAUUUCUGUAUUUUUCUAGUUUCCUCCCACUACCUCAGAGCACCAGACCAGCUGGUGGUGAAGCUGGAUUCAGUGUAUUUUGUGCAAACCAUCUUCAGUUUAAAAAAAGAAGCAGCUUAAGAGAGAAGUUUAUUUACUCCUGGUUUGUGAAUUUUGCAACUACCCAAAAGUAAGCUGACCGGAGAGGGCUAGGUGGGGGUGGGGAACAUAUGAAUCUGUGGUAGUUCACCAUUACUAGAAGGAUCUCAUCUACUUAUGGGGGUACGCUCAGCAUCUUAUAUAUUAGGGAUAAAAGGUAACACUUCCAAAAGCAUCCAUAUGACUUAGGCAAAUCUCAGUGACUUUUAUUUUCAAAUUCAAAUUUUACCCAAAGACUCCUUUUGCUUGAGAUGUUUGAUUUAAGAUGUCUAUACACUCAAGUGUGAAAGUGUGAGCCUUUGCUAGAAGGCAAUUUCUACUUAAUUUGGUAGAGGGUAAUAUAAUGCUUCUUGAGCUGCUUCUAUUGCUGAUAAUUAACUAAUGCCUGCAGAAUAACAUUACCUUGCAGCUGUGUGCUUAAUAGAUAAUUAUUAUCCCUGUUUCACAAAUGGGGAAACUGAGGCUGAAAGUCUGUGUCCAUUAAGGACACUCAGACUAGUGUACUGACUGCCUUUACAAUGGUGCAAAUGUCCUUAAUGUAUGCAGAGGGAGAGAAAUUAAAAGCACCAUUCCACCAGCUUUACCCAUCUCCCUGCCCGCAGAGAAGAGUAGCACAAUGAAAGGCUUGCUGAUUUGCCCAAAGCGCAGAAAGGAAUUAGUCAGGUUAGGACUCAAGCAUGCUUAACUUCCUGUUCUGUAUCUCACCACUUUACCCUGUCAGGAAUCAAUAUAUUUUAAUUCAAUAUUCAAUAGUGUUUCCAUUCCACUGUCCUAGUUUUGGAGCAGGCUGUGGCAAUCUCUCAGUCUGCUUAAUGUGUAAGUGGACCUAGGUCAGAGUCUACAGAUUGCCCUUCAUUAAAAAAAAAAACAACACAUAUUUUAGCCUGAUACUACUGAAGAAAAUCUACAUGCGACUCAGUGUACUCUUGUGUUAGGCAGUCUGAAAAAAGACUGAUUAUAUUUUACCAGGGAAUUUCAAGUGCCCUGUAUCAUUUCCUCUUGAAUGAUCCUGCAAUAGUAACUUUACUAAUUAAAAGUUUAAGAAUUUAAUAAGAACGUAUUAUGUCCUACAUCAGUUUGCAAAUCUCCCAUUGUCAUCAGUUGGAUAUGUGCUGUGGAACAAGGGGAGGACGUAGUCCUGACAUGGUAUUGCCCACUGCAAGAAGCCUCAUUAAAAAUGUAAUUACAUUCUUUCCACAUGAAAAAUAUUAUACAUUUAACUUCCCUAAUGUCACAAGUUUGGAUAUUAAAUGUAACAUUUGGUUUAUUAAUGUUAUACCCAAAGAACAUACAGGACAGAGCAGGUAGCAUUAAGU